AUGAUUUCCCAAACACAAUUGAACCCUCCCCAACCGUCCACGACACGCGCAACAUCAACACCCAUCUCUUACGAUGCCACAAAUAACCGAAUCGCUUACGCGUCGGGAAAGUCUAUCAUUGUCCGGAGUUUGGAUCCUCAUGCCAAAUUGGAACCUACACAAUUUACCAAACACACCGUCACAACCACCGUCGCCACCUUCAGCCCCUCCGGCAACUACAUUGCUUCCGGAGAUGAGAGUGGACUGGUAAAGAUUUGGGACUCUUCAGUAUACGGAAAAGAGAACACAUUUGAACAACCAAUCAUCAAGAGUGAGUUCCAGAUUUUGAGUGGACCUAUCAAGUCUAUUGCUUGGGAUGCGGACAACACACGUGUCAUUGCUGUAGGACAGGGCAAAGACCAGUUUGGUCACUGCUUCACGUGGGAUUCCGGCAAUUCUAUCGGAGAGAUCCAGGGACAUUCCGAGACCAUUAAUGCGGUGGAUAUCAAGCCUCAGAGACCAUACAGAGCGGCCACGGUGGGCGACGACAAGGCUUUGGUGUUCUACACUGGACCUCCAUUCAAGUUCGAUAAGAGUUUAAGAGGGAAUCAUACCAAUUCCGUUCGGGCUGUCAAGUUUUCUCCAGACGGGAAGUAUCUUGUCAGCGUAGGAUCUGAUCGAGUUAUCGUGGCGUAUGAUGGUAAAACCGGUGAAUUGAUCAAGAAGAUAGAGAAUGCCCAUGACGGAGGCAUUUUUGGCGUGUCGUGGCUCGCUGACAGCACCGGUUUUGUCACCUGUUCAGCAGACAAUACUUUGAAGUUGUGGAACGCCGAGUCUCUCGAUCUGACCUUUACUUACACGAUUUUCUCACCCAGCACCGUCGAUACACAACAGGUAGGUGUGGUUGUUACUAAGGAUUAUGUGGUUUCGCUUUCGUUGAACGGAAACUUGAAUUUCUUCAAGUAUGACAGUUCGUCCCCUGACAAGAUUGUGUAUGGGCACCAACGUGCAUUGACAGCUCUUGGUGUGCACCAGAAAACUCUUAUCACGGGAGGCUCCGACGGGUCUCUUCAACAGUGGAACAUCGAGGGCAACCGGUUGGACCCAGUCACUCUGUUGUUUGGCAAAGCUCAUGAAAAGCACUCCAACUACGUUACUAGCAUAGUGUCUAAUGGCGAAAAUGUCAUUACUGCUGGCUGGGAUGACACACUCAAAUUGUGGAACGGAGAAACGCUUGAGAAGACGGUAAAUUUGACCGGUCAACCAAAACUGAUAGCAGUUAAUGACGAGGACCAGAUUAUUGUGUUGUUUGAAAACAAGAUCGAAGUCUUCGAUGGUUCUUUGGCAUCUAUUGGGUCUUUGGAGUUACAAUUCCCAGCAUCGGCCGUUGCACUGAUUCCAGGUACUAGUAAGAUUCUUGUCAACAACACCACUAGCAACCGUGUGGAAGAAUACGAUGUUUCUGGAAGCAUUUCGCAUUCACGGUCAUAUCCAACGUUGAGAGGACCACCUACGUUGAUCAAGGUUUCGCCAGAUGGUCAGUAUGCUGCCGUUGCCGAGAAUACAGGCAAGUACACGUUAUACAGCACCAAGGAUGCCAGUGCGGUGACAACCAGAUGGGCUUUCCACAGCAGCAAGGCCAAUGACGCUGCCUGGACUAGUGACUCCAAGUACAUUGUUAGCGGUGGCUUGGACUGUGGAUUAUUUGUGUAUUCUGUUGGUAGACCAGCCAAGGUGUUGAAGCAGCAAUUGGCGCAUCAGACCGGAGUGACGGGAGUUGAAUGGAUUGACUACAGCGGAGACAAAGGCACAUUUGUGAGUACUGGGCUCGAUGGAGUCGUGAAGACGUGGAAUGUAGACUUCAGUGUAUAUUCCGCAUGA